AUGGCGUCCGGUUAUUCAACAUUGUUCCUACUCCUUUCCUUAUUUGCCAUCUCUUUCUUCAAACCCUCACAGGCCGCCGGCAUUGCCAUUUACUGGGGUCAACGCAUCGACGAAGGAACCCUAGCCGACGCCUGCGCCACCGGAAACUACCAGAUCGUAAACAUAGCUUUCUUGAACACCUUCGGCAACGGCCAAACACCCGUUCUAAACCUAGAAGGCCACUGUGAUCCUGAUUCCACUUGUUCCGAUUUAGCCUCCGAUAUACAAGCAUGCCAGAGUCAAGGUGUCAAGGUGUUUCUUUCAUUAGGAGGAUACGUCGGAACCUACUCUUUAUCGUCACCUGAAAACGCACAGGAAGUUUCCGAUUACCUAUGGGACAACUUUCUCGGUGGCCAGUCGAAUUCCCGGCCGUUUGGAGACGCUGUUUUGGACGGAAUCGAUUUCGAUAUCGAGUCUCCCGGCGAGUUCUGGGACGAUCUGGCUACGGCACUGGCUGCAUACUCCUCGCCGAAAAAGGUUUACUUAUCUGCAGCGCCGUCGUGUUACACACCGGACCCUAAUCUGGACGCGGCGAUCAAGACCGGAUUGUUUGAUUACGUUUGGGUGCAGUUUUAUAAUGAUGAAAAUUGUCAGUAUGGUGAAAACGCUGAUGCUUUAUUGGGUAGAUGGAAUAAAUGGACGAGUGAGACGAACUCGCCGGAGAUAUUUUUGGGUUUGCCGGCGGCUACGGCAGGUGCCAACGGCGGAUAUAUACCGCCGGAUGUUCUUACGUCUCAGGUUCUUCCAGAGAUCAAGAGGUCUCCGAAAUAUGGUGGAGUUAUGCUGUGGAAUAGGUUCUUCGAUCAACAAAAUGGAUACAGUGAUGCCAUCAAAGACAGUGUUUGA